AUGGCUGCCUUCAUGCCCAUCUUCAUCUGUGGGCUGUGCUUGUUGCUUUUAUUAACUGCACUCUAUGUUUUACAAGGUUUUAAGCAAUCAGCUUUAAAAUUGCCUCCCGGUCCAUUUCCUCUUCCAGUCAUUGGCAACCUGCACUUGCUGGACAUCAGAAGGCAAGACAAGUCCCUAAUGAAGAUUUCAGAGAAAUACGGGCCAGUGUUCACUGUUCACUUGGGGUUUCGGAAGGCGGUGGUGCUGACUGGCUACGAGGCAGUGAAAGACGCCCUGCUGAACACGGCGGAUGUGUUUGCAGACAGACCCGUUAUUCCGAUCUUCCAUCACAUCCAACAUGGAAAUGGUGUGUUCUUCUCUUCUCAAGAGCUCUGGAGGAAGACACGGCGGUUCACCAUGGCAGCCAUGCGGGACCUUGGCAUGGGGAAGCAUCUGGCAGAAGAAAGGAUCCUUGAGGAGCUUCAAUUUCUCAUCGGACUGAUCAAAUCCUUCAAAGGUGGACCUUUCCGACUUCGGUGUUUGAAUACAGCCCCCACCAACAUCACCUUUGCUAUACUCUUUGGGAGAAGGUUUGAUUAUGAAGACCCAACGUUUGUCACUCUGCUAAGACUCAUAGAUGAAGUUAUGCUCCUUCUUGGGUCUCCGUUCUUGCAUCUAUUUAAUUUCUACCCAUUCCUUGGAUUUCUCUUCAAACCUCACAAGAUUAUACUGAAAAAAAUAGAAGAGGUGUGUGUGAUCUUAAAGAAACACAUCAAGGAGAGCAAAAAAAACAUUAAUGGAAACAACCUGACAAGCUAUAUUGAUGCACUGGUAUUCAAACAAAAGGAGAAAAAUAAAGAUACUCCUUUUCAUGAUGAAAAUGUGUUGGCCUCUGCACUUGACCUGCUCAUGGCUGGCACUGAAACAACAUCCACAACAUUGCAAUGGGCUGUUCUGCUAAUGAUGAAGUACCCUGAGAUUCAAAAAAAGGUGCACGCAGAGAUUGAGCGAGUCCUUGGCCCUGGCUGCUUGCCUACCUUUGAGGACCGGAAAAAAAUGCCCUUCACCACCGCGGUCAUUCACGAAGUGCAGAGAUUUGUCACCCUCCUGCCACACGUUCCCCGGUGCACCUCCACUGACACACAUUUUAAAGGCUACUUCAUACCCAAGGGAACUACAGUGAUUCCUCUGCUCACCUCUGUGCUGCUGGAUAAAACACAGUGGGAGACUCCAGAUGAAUUCAACCCAAACCAUUUCCUUGAUUCAGAAGGUAACUUCGUAAAGAAGAAAGCAUUCCUGCCCUUCUCCACAGGGCGGAGAAACUGCAUUGGAGAAAGCCUUGCCACGGUGGAGCUCUUCGUCUUCUUCACUGGCUUGAUCCAGAAAUUUACUUUUAAGCCUCCACCUGGGGUCAAAGAAUCAGAGCUGGACACAACUGCAGAGGCUGGAUUCACCAUGAGACCCCAUCCACAGUGUGCCUGCGCUGUGCUACGCCCAUAAGCCCAAGGCUCGGAGCUGAGGAAAAUCCUUGUAAUUGUUUUGUGCAGAGCCCAAGAGAUGCACAAAGGAGAAACCAGAUCCCUGUGCAGUACAUACAAGUAGUGUCUUCUUACUCAGAGCCUUUCAAGUACUGGCUUAAUGCUUAAAAUGUUUAUUGAACAAAUAUUUUUCUAAGAAGCAGAGGAGAGCUGGUGGGUAAGGUUACCUGGAAAAUACCAGCCAGAUACAUGGCUGGAAAUGACAGAACCGUCACUACUUUACACAUUAAAUACACAAUGUAAGAAAGUUAUCCUUGUUCUGAGCUUCUG